AGGGGAGGUAAUUCUAUACAAACAACUAUCAUGUGACUACUUACUUUGACAGAAAACAAUUUCUUCCGAAUUUUGAACUAUGACAUGGGCACUGACAAUACAAGGAAAUUAAAAACGUGAAAAUUUCAAUUUAACAAUUUAAAAUGCCUGAACAAAUAACAGAAACAGGAGCAACCUACUCCAGACUGGUUGGUUUGAUAUACAUAUUUAAUCUGAUUGUGGGAACUGGUGCCCUUACUAUGCCAAAUGCCUUCUCCACUUCUGGAUGGUUACUUAGUCUAAUUACUGUGAUUUUAUUGGCCCUAAUAAGUUAUUUGACAGUUACUUUUGUUACAGAAACAAUGGCUAUAGCUAAUGCUAAGAUCAAGAUUGGACAGAGGAUAGCUGUAAAUAUGGUCAAUGAAUCUUAUGAUGAGGAAACAUCAGAAAAAGAACCUUUGCUAGGAAAUUCAUCCACAGAAAUAUUUAACAAUUCAGUUAGUGAUUUUGAGAUUACAGAAAGAGUUGAACUGGGUCAAAUGGCAGCUUUAUUUUUCAACAGAGUUGGUAUAUUUCUGUUUUAUCUAUGUAUGGUGCUGUAUUUAUAUGGAGAUCUGGCUAUUUAUGCUGCUGCAGUUCCUAAAUCUCUCAGGGAUGUUAUAUGUACAUAUAAGUUACCAUCUAAUGUAUCCUGUAACACUACAUUAGGAGAACAUGAUGGAUGUUGGAAUGGUCAUGGUAUUUCCAGACUUCAAGCCUACAGAAUCAUGGUUGCUGUGUUUAUAGUGUGCUUAGGACCAUUUACCUUCUUUAAUGUACAGAAAACAAAAUACUUACAGAUAUUUACUACAAUUACUAGGUGGCUAGCUUUCAUACUUAUGAUUGUCCUAGCAGCCAUCAGAUUAGAAAAAGGUCAAGGAACAGGUCAUCCAGUAGUUGCAGACUUUUCAGGAAUACCAAAUCUAUUUGGUGUUUGUAUAUACUCAUUCAUGUGUCACCACUCACUUCCAUCCUUAAUUACACCAAUCAGAAACAAGACAGGAUUAUACGGGUUAAUAUUUAGUGAUUUUACCCUUAUAUUAGGGUUUUAUGCACUUAUAUCAUUUACAGGAAUAUAUGCAUUUAAUCAUCUAGAAGACUUGUAUACAUUAAAUUUUCUACCAGAUGACUGCAACCCUUCUCGGUCAGUGACGAACGUCAAAUUCUUUGAAUAUUUCCUGGCAUUAUUUCCAGUUUUCACGCUAAGCACAAACUUUCCGAUUAUUUCUGUAACUUUAAGGAACAACCUAAAAACAAUGUUUUACAAUGAGGAAAGACCAUAUUCUUGGUUUGUUGAUAAAAUUGUAUUCCCAGUAGCAGCUAUUACACCUCCAGUCAUAGUUGCAAUAAUUACCAAUGAAGUGGAGUUCUUAGUGGGCAUAACAGGAUCUUAUGCAGGAGCAGGAAUCCAGUAUGUCAUUCCAGCAAUUCUUGUAUACUGUGCAAGGAAAGAAGUGACUACUUUUUCUCCAGGACAUGUUAAUCCCCUAAAGUCACCCUUCAAACAUAUUGCAUGGGUUAUAUUUGUAUUGAUAUGGGCAUGUAUAUGUAUUAUAUUUGUGACUGUCAAUCAUAUCAUUAACAAAAAAUGAUCAAUGUUAGUGACUAGUGAAUGUGAUUUAUUGUGAGAUUAUACUUUCUGUUCUAUUUUUUCACUUAUUAGUUCAUUUUUUUACGGAGUAGUUCAUUUUUUUACGGAGUAGUUCAUAGACAUUUUAUACAUAUGGAUUAUUUACAUUAGUCUUUUCCAAUGGAAGUCUUUUUAUAUAUUUAUCUUAAAAUGUUAAGACCACUUCCUUUUGAAAAAAAAUAUCUAAAUACUGAAUGUAGGGUUGGUUAUUUUAUGCCUUGAAAAAUAAAAAGAAUCUGAUAGUUUUUAGCUUAUCAAAAUUUUGCAAAUUUGGAAAUAAAAAAAUAAAAAUUGUUAAAUCAUAUUAUGUCCAUUAUAAAUGAAGGUAUUUAGAUUCUUCAACUACAUCAAGUGUGAUACAAUAUUUAUCCACUUGAGGCAGUUAAAUUUUGAAAUUUCAAACGCGAGGCUCGCAAAAAGAUCUGCAAAAAGAUGUGUUCUUAAUUUCUAAGUGACGUCAUCAGACAUGGUUGCCUUAUUUCAUGACGUCACAAUAGGAAAUUCAGAGGAAAGCAAGAAAAUUUGACAUCAUAAUUGAAUUUUGACCAAUAAAGAAUUGAGAUCAAACGAACCACACGUUGAUUAAAUAAAAAUAAUCAACAGGUCAGGAAAAGUAUAAAUCGACAAAGAAUUAGAGAAAUCAUAUUAUGUCCAUUAUAAAUUCAGGUAGAUUUUUAUAAGCAACAUGUUAAAAGAUGUUGAUUAGAAAAGUUGCAGACUUCAAUAAUACAUUUCUACACUGCCACAUUGUAGUCUGAUCUUGAGGUAGAUUGGGGUCUAGAUCAAAAUCGCUAGAAUUUUAAAAUAAUUUGUCAAGAUGUAGUUUAUAUUUUGCUUUUUCAAAAAUACAAUAAAAAUUAUGAAUCAUGGAACUUUUUUCAAGCUUUAGGUUGUGCAAAAUUGUAAGAUUAUCCAUGGAAAAAUCAAAUUUUGUGUGAUACAAAAAUACUAAAGGAAAGAUAGCUCUUAUAAUGUGCUUUCAGAAAAUAAAAAUAAAAA